GCGAAUUUGGUCCGCGUUAUUUUUUUAAAGUCUGUUUCUUUGUCUUAAAAUGAAACUAUUUGUUGUUAAUAUCCUUGGGAUGAUAAUUAUUGCUGUCAAUUUUUUCGGUUGGAGUGAGGAAAUAUUUUUGAAUGAUUACUGUGAAGAUUUUAAAAUUGAUAAGAAUAUUGAUUUGAGUGAUAAAGUAAUUGUUUUGACGGGAGCGACCUCGGGGAUUGGAUUAGAGACUGCUAAAUUUCUUUAUCAGAGAGGAGCAAAAGUACUAAUACCAGCCCGUAAUAUCACAAAAGCUCAACGUGUCAUUGAAGAUAUAAAAAAAUCGAAUAACCAAACCGGCGAUCUUAUAAUUUACCAAUUAGAUCUAAAUAGUUUCGAAAGUGUCCGCAACUGUGCGGAAAAAAUACUCAAUGACUAUGAUAAAAUAGACAUAUUGAUAAACAAUGCUGGUAUCGUCGUUGAUAAAUGUAUGAAAUCAAUCGACGGAUACGAAACUCAUCUGCAGACCAAUUAUUUGUCGCCAUUUUUGUUCACAUUACUAUUGUUGCCUGCUUUAGCAAAAUCUAAUGAAGCGCGAAUCGUUAAUUUGUCUUCGCUCUCACAUUAUUUUGGUGUCGUAAAUUUUGACGAUUUGAAUACAGAAAAUCCAUUCAGUACAGUAUUUGCGUACUCGCAAAGUAAAAUAUCGAUUACAUUGUUCACAAUAGAAUUAGCACGUAAAUUACAAAAAAAUAAUUUAACAAAUAUCCACGUCUACAAUGUCGAUCCGACUCUUGUGAAGACUGACUUAUUUGAUAAAUUUUUUCCGCCUUUAAUCAACUCUCUAGCAGCGCCAAUUUUAAAAAAUAACAAACAAGGUGCUGGUACUACUAUCUACUGUGCCACAAGUCCACAAGUUGCUCAUCAAACUGGUCUUUAUUACAUUAACUGUGACAUUACAUCACCAUCAUUACAAGCAAUGAGUCCAAGUUUGGCUGCGAAAUUAUGGAACAAGACUACAGAAUUAAUAAAUUAUUCUUCACCGUUAUUAUUAAAAUAAAUUAAAUUAUUUAUAAUAAUAAUAAUUAUUAUUAUUAUUAUUAGUUGGGAUAGAAGUAGAUAGUAGAAGAUUCUUACUCUAGUGAGAAAAACUUGUAGUUAGACGUUGCCAUAGUAACGGUCAUAGAGUUGGAGCGUUGCCAUAGCAACGGUCGUAGAGUGGGAGCGUUGCCAUAGCAACGGACGCGUAGUGGGGAUAUUACCGUAGCAACAAGCGUGUAAGUGGGCGUUACCAUGCCAACGAGCGUGUAGAGGGGAAUAGUAGCAUAGCAACAGAAGCAUAGAGGAAAGGGAAGUCUUAUCAUAGUGACGAGUUGGAAGAGAAACAGAAAGAGGGGUAACAUGGACAUAUAAAUAAUAGUUUUAU